AUGGCAAAGACCAUCAGACCACUGAAGGCCACACUCUACAUCUUGCUUGUAGCCAUCACCCUUGGAUUUUCCAGCUCAGCUAGGAUACUUGACGAGGUGAAACCCGAUGAGUCCAAUCCACUUCCGACAACUGUUCCCGCCAUGAACCCUCUGCCAAGUGGUCAGAUCCCUGCCGUUGCCCCUACCACCAUAACGGUCGAUGACACUGUCGACGACGCUGACUCACCAAUCCCAGAGACGGAUGAUACCCCGCCAAAAGCUGAGUGCCAACACCUACUGCUGAUAUGGCCCCCUGUAGCAACACCCGCCAUUCCAGUCGCCACAUCUGUGGCAGGUCCCGUCGCCACAACACCAAUCGGCCCUAACCCAACUUCCGUGGCCGCUAGUGCCAUCGUGGCAAAACCCGGCGCGGAAACCCCACACUUGUCCUUUUUCAUGCACGACAUCCUGGGAGGAUCCCACCCAUCAAUCAGAGUGGUGACCGGCCUCGUAGCCACAACAGUCCUCAACGUUGCAUUCUCCAAACCCAACAACAAUAUCUUUCCCGUCAGCGGUGCCCCCCUAACCAACAACAACAUCAACAGCUUCCUCAAUAACAACAAGAACAACAUCCCUAACAUCGCCGGCCUCAGCGGCCUCACCAACUCCCAGUCCAACACGGUCAUCCAGAAUAGCGGCAACAACAACAUUGUCAACGAUGGCAGCAACCAACCCUUCGUCACUGCCGGCCAGCUCCCUAACGGAGCUACCCUCAAGAAGCUCAUGUUCGGAUCUGUGACUGUGAUCGAUGACAACCUGACCGAAGGACACGAGUUGGGCUCUGCCGUGCUCGGCAAGGCACAGGGUUUCUACUUAGUUAGUUCGCUGGACGGGAACAGCCACACCAUGGCAUUUACUGUGUUACUGCACGCAGGUGAACAUGAUGUGGAGGACACCAUUAGCCUCUUUGGGGUCCACCGUACAGCGUCGCCGGUGUCCCACAUUGUUGUGAUCGGUGGGACUGGGAAGUACGAGAAUGCGAACGGGUACACCGCCAUUGAGAGCCUGCAUCAGGAGGACCAGUACACGACUGAUGGGGUGGAUACUAUUAUGCAGAUCGGCCUUUACCUUUCUGAAUAG